ACUAACUGAAAAUGAAAAUGUCCGUCGUAAAAGAUAUGUUCUAAUUUACCUACUUUGUGGAUGUGUAUUAAUCGUAGCAUGCGAUAUGAAAUAGUUUUAAUAUUUACUAUCCUAGAGACGCUUAAUUAUCAAUAAAAUGAUUGUCCAAGAACCCAUACAGGUAAUUGUUUGGGAUUGCCUCAAUAAUUAUGAAUACGACAAUGCUAUAUUUCUGGCUGAGAGGUUACACGCUGAAGUGGCAUCAGAAGAAACUGCGUUUUUGUUGGGAACUUGCUACUAUAGGGCUGGACGUGUGAAUGAAGCUCAUCAUUUGCUACAAAACACAUCACUAUCGCUACCACAAUCUAGGUUCCUGCUAGCUAAAUGUUCAAUAGAUUUAAAAUCGUACAAAGAUGCAGAAGUGGCAUUAGGAUCAAAUUUAGACCUCGUAGCUUCAGAGUUUGGAGAACAAGCACCAUAUGCUUUACAACUACUUGCCAAAGUAUAUAACACCACUGAAAGGAGGGGUAAAGCUGCUGAAGCACAUAAGAAAGCGUUAUCAUUAAAUCCAUUUAUGUGGAAAUCAUUUGCCCAACUAUGUAACAUGGGAGAAAAAGUGGAUCCAAACCAUGUAUUCCAGAUAAAUGCUGAAUUUUCAUUUGGUGUGUCCACAUUAGUAAAUCUAGUCAGCAACUCGGAAAAUAUUUCCUUCAUUAAUACUAACAUUCCUAGUAAUACAAAUUUAAAUACCAAUGUCACACCAAAUAAUGUUGUAACCCGAACUCCUAUGACCAUGUCUACAAGCAUCACUCCAGAGACACAAGCUCCUAUGAAGCGAAUGCAUAGUGUUUUCAGUGGAAUAGCACCUGUACCAUUUUCACCGUCUUUCGGAAUGUUACCAAUGGAAGAAUCUCCUGUACUGUAUACUCCAACACUGACUGAUUCUAAUGAACAGAAAGCUAUCCCAAAAAUUGUAAAUUCAUUAAGAGCACAGAUGGGUCAACUUAAAGAUGCAGUAUUUAGUCCAGCACCUCGAUGCACGCUUGGACCAGCACCUAGACGGUCUUCCAGGCUGUUUAGUAAUAAUAAUAGCAGUUACUCAGUAAAAGAAAAUAAUAAAUCACCAAGCAGGAAAUUUGUAGCUCCUAAAAGUCCUUCAAGAAAGAAUAAACAACGCACCGCUAAGAAUAUGAAAACAAAUGCAGUUGAUACAAAUGAAAGAAAUAAAAGCAUGGAAACUGUUACACCCUCAAUCACACCAAAGAAUUCUAACGGUGUAGCAUUAUUAAAUUUAUUGAAAGAACUAGGUGAGGCUUAUAAAUCAUUAGCUGUCUUAGAUUGUAAAAAUGCAAUUAAGUUAUUUCAAGAUGUUCCCCCUAAACAAUUGGCUUCACCAUGGGUGCAAACAAUGAUAGCUCGAGCUCACUAUGAACUAGCUCAAUAUGAGGCAGCAGCAAAGAUUUUUGCUGAUAUUCGAAAACAAUACCCCUGCCGUACUGAAGGCAUGGAUAUUUAUAGUACCUGUUUAUGGCAUCUCCAAAAAGAAGCUCAGUUGUCAGCUUUGGCUCAAGAAUUAGUCGAGCUUAAUAGAACCGAUCCUAUUGCCUGGUUAGCUGCAGGCAAUUGUUUUUCAUUACACAAAGAACGCGAGACUGCUCUUAAGUUUUUCAAAAGAGCUGUUCAAAUAGAUCCAGAUGCAUCAUACGCUCAUGCACUCUUAGGGCAUGAAUAUGCUGUAGCAGAAGAGACAGAUAAGGCUCUUGCAAGCUUUAGAACCGCUGUUAGUAUUGAUCCUCGCAAUUAUGUUGCUUGGUUCGGUAUUGCAACAGUUUAUGCGCGUCAAGAACGUUGGAAGCAGUCAGAAGUGCAUAUUCGUCGCGCGCUCACAAUACACCCUCAUUCUGGUGUACUGAGAUGUCAGUUGGGGUUGGCACAAGCAGCCUUAGACAAAACUGAUCGAGCCCUAGCUACUCUCGAAAGGGCCGUUGCUUUAGACACUGAAAAUCCACUUUGUCGUUUCCACAGAGCAUCAGUGCUCCUACGGGCCGGAAGGCCUCAAGAAGCCCUAACAGAUCUACAUUAUCUAAAAGAUAUAGCUCCAAGGGAGUCUUUAGUAUAUUAUUUACUUGGUAAAGUUCAUAAUAAAUUAGGCAAUACUCACUUGGCUCUGAUGCACUUCAGUUGGGCGACUGAUCUAGAUCCUAAAGGCACCGGUGGGCAUAUAAAGGAAGGUUUCGAUCCAUCUAAACAAGAAGACCCUACAGAGAGAUCGUAAUUUAGUUGACGAAAGAUAAAGGAUUGCAAGCUGGCCUACCCUGUUGUUGGCAGUGCAGUCAUUUUUGACUGAUCCCUUGUAAAUAUCGCGCUCACCUAUCGAUCUCAAGAUUGACACCAAAUUCUUCCAAAUAAAUAGCUUUAUGGGAUUCGAUAGGUGCGUGGUGGCAUUUAAUUGCUGUAGUAAAUAAGGGCGUUGUGGAAAUGUUUAUAUAGUGUAAGAUGUGGAUAUUCCUAAUAUUAUCCUAGUUUAUUAUAUUAUAUCUUGUAUAGCUAUAAUAAAUAACAGAAUGGAAAAAUAUGAUUUUUAAAGAGAAGCUUUGAAAAUCAGAAGACGCAGGGCCUUGAUCUCAUUGGAAAGUUCUGGUUUGUAAUAAUUCAAUAUUAUAAAUAAUUAACGUUGAAAAAUAUAUUGUAAUUGCCAUAGAAAAUUCGUGAUAUCUUACUAUACAGCUAACUAGGUCGAAGUCUUGGUUUGUAGUACCUAUCUACAUACUUUACCGUAACCUUAA